AUGAGUGAAAAGCUUAUUAACGAAGAAUAUAAAAUUUGGAAAAAGACAUCCCCACUAUUAUAUGAUUUGUUAUAUACUUAUUCUUGUGAUUUACCACCACUAUCAGUUAAGUGGCUGAAAACCUAUGAAACACUACUAAGUGAAAAUAAAGAACCUUAUAUUAAGGCAAACCUUUUGAUGGGUACACAUUCACAAGAUAAACAGAAUCAUAUUAGUAUGGUAUCUGUUUGUGUUCCCCCUACCUUAGCCCCUGAUUAUAAGCCAACAGAUUUAACGAUACCACAAAAUCUCUUAAAAUCCAGGCAAUUGAACGUUGUUCGAGAUUGGAAUCAUCCUGGAGAGGUAAAUAAGCUGCAGAUCAAUGAAUAUAACAAUUUAUUUGUCACGCACACUAACUCAGGGGAUAUUUUAUUAUUUGAUUUGAAGGACGAUAAGUUGAAGACUCAUAAGUCGACUUUAAAAUUUCAUACUAAGGAAGGUUUUGGUCUUGAAUGGAAUCCAGUUGAGCGCAAAAAGAAUUUACUACUGUCCUGUGCAGAAGAUUGUAAGAUUGCUCUUUGGGAUAUUAAUGAAAAAGUUUCAAAUGAAAUCAAGCCGAUUACUACUGUAUCCUCUCACGAAAGCAUCGUGAAUGAUAUAUCAUGGAAUAAAUCAAUUGAUUCUAUCUUCGCAUCCGUAUCUGAUGAUUCAUCCUACCAAAUUCAUGAUAUUAGAUUGAACACGGGUCCAAUAAUCCACAUUACAGAUGCUCAUCACAAUCCUGAUUCAGAGAAUACUGUCAAUUAUCCAAUUAAUUCAGUUGAAUUUAACGACUCAGUUUCAACACUUUUUGCGACAGGCGGAUCUGAUAAUUCUAUUCAAAUAUGGGACUUAAGAAAUCCAACGAUUCCCUUAAGGAGGUUAAUUGGUCAUAAGGGUCCAGUGAUCGGUCUGAAGUUCCACGAAAACUAUUUGAUGUCUUCAUCCGUUGAUCACAGAACGUUAAUCUGGGAUUUAAAUAAGCUAGAUGAAGGUGAGCCUGAUAAGAGAAAGAGCGAGUACAUGGAUCCAUGUCUCUCUUUUAUGCACGGUGGUCAUACAGGCAAAGUAUGUGAUAUAGAUUGGCAUCCAGUCCUAGACAAUCUUAUUGUUACAGCAGCAGAAGAUGGCCUCUUAGAAGUUUGGAAGCCUGCACAUUUAGGAUAUGAAUAUGAGGAAGAGGUCGAUGAGAAGCUAAAAGAAGGAGGAGUUGGAGAGGAAGAAAAAAAAGAAAUUGCCCUUGAGAACAAUGUAAACAACUAA